AUGAGAGUAAUCAAUACAUUCUUCAACUUAUUUUUUCUAGCCGGCGCAUGUCUAUUGCUCAUUUUCACAGUAUUGGCCGGUUCAUCGAAACAUUUCCCCUUGAACAAAUUCUAUUGGUUAGAAGCCGAUACUUCAAAUAUCCCCAAUUCACCAGCAAACACAUCAGCAUGGACCUUCUGGGGUGUAUGUGACAAGAACGAUUAUUCCAAUUGUAAAUUAGGACCAGCUUACCCCAUUUCUCCCGAGGACAAUUUCGAUACUACGAGAAAUGUACCACUGGAUUUCUUGGAUAAUCAAUCAACGUAUUAUUACUUGAGUAGAUUUGCAUUUGCAUUUUGUUUAAUUGCUUUGGGAUUCAGUGGAUUGGCUUUAAUUAUCGAUAUUUUGGGCUUUUGCUUUACAAUUAUUGACAAAGUUGUCAUGUUUCUUGUUACUGUUGCAUUGUUUUUCAUGGCCGCUUUUGCAUCUUUCCAAACUGCAGUUACUGUAUUGGCCAAAAAUGCAUUUUCAAAUGAUGAUAGACAUGCCAAAGUUGGUGCUAAAGCCAUGGGUAUUAUGUGGGCAGCAUUCGUAUGCUUGGUAAUUUGUUGGGUAUUGACAUUUGCUGCUAAUAUCAGCAACAGUUACAAAAAGCACAUGGCUAGAGUCAAUCAACAAAAACAAGAGAAAGAAGGUGUGUAUGAUAAUGAUAGACAACAAGGAUAUCCAAAGGGUGUUGCUGCUACUCGUGAUGAUUCUUCUUUUACUAGAGCAGAAGUUAGAGAUGAGGAUGAUGCAAACAAUGGUGGUGGAAUUAGAUUUUUCAAAAUAAAGAGAAAUCAGAAAGCAGUUGAAGAUGAAUCUGUAUAA